GCCGGUUCCCAGGUGCCCGCCGGAUCUUCAAGACUCUGGUGCUGCGGGCCUGUGCACCGGGCCAGCAGCGAUGCAGAAGGACCCCGAGUGCACCCCUCCCUCCGAGUCCACACAACCUCCCAGCUCGGCCAGGGAACCCGAGGUGGUGCCUCCGGGAGACGCAGAGGGCUGCGCCCGGCCACUAGACACGGUCCCCAAGAAACUCUGUGGGUAUUUAAGUAAGUUUGGUGGCAAAGGGCCCAUCAAGGGCUGGAAAUGCCGCUGGUUCUUCUACGACGAGAAGAAGUGUCACCUGUAUUAUUCGCGCACCGCUCAGGAUGCUAACCCAUUGGACAGUAUCGACCUCUCCAGUGCCGUCUUUGAUUGCAAGGUGGACGCUGAGGAUGAGGGCACUUUCGAAGUCAAGACUCCCAACCGGGUUAUUACCCUCAAGGCCGCCACCAAACAAGUGAUGCUAUACUGGCUACAGCAGCUACAGAUGAAGCGCUGGGAGUUCCACAACAGCCCACCUGCACUUCCCGUCACCCCUGCUGCCGGCCUGUCUGGGAAUGGGCCCACCCUGCACCUCAAUCUAGAACAAGAGGAGGCGGAGCUGGAAGAGUUCCUGUGUCCUGUGAAAACACCCAUCGGACUUGUGGGUGCAGCAGCUGCCUUGCAGCCUGUCCCUGCCAUGCCCUCGACCCUUCAGAACAUCUCCCUGAAGCAUCUCGGAACAGAAAUACAAAACACUAUGCACAACAUCCGGGGCAACAAGCAGGCCCAAGCCAUUGGCCAUGGACCACUAAUGGAAGAGUCUUCACAGGGUGUGGAGCCUCAAGGUGGUGAGCAGUCCUCAACCUCUGACCCCAGCACUCCAGGAAAAGAGCCGGAGGAGCCUCCCAAGCCUACACCCAGGUCCUCUCUGCCCUCAAGUCCCAUACAGAAGCCUAAACGACAAAGCAACACUUUCCCAUUCUUUUCUGAUGGACUGGCUCGGAGCCGCACGGCCCAGGAAAAGGUGGCGGCCUUGGAACAGCAGGUGCUGAUGCUCACGGAAGAGCUAAAGUCACAGAAGGAGCUGGUGAUAAUCCUACACAAGGCACUGGAGGCUGCCCAGCAAGAGAAGCGAGCAUCCAGUGCGUACCUGGCAGCCACUGAAGACAAGGAUCGGCUGGAGCUGGUUCGGCACAAGGUGCGGCAGAUCGCGGAGCUGACCCAGCGGGUGGAGACUCUAGAGCAGGACCGAGAGCGCCUGGUGCAUGAGGCUGGCCUGCUGGAGCAACAAGUGCAGGAGCUCCAGCAGCAUGUGCAGCUGCUCAUGGAUAAGAAUCAGGCCAAGCAGCAGGUCAUCUGCAAGCUCUCCCAGAAGCUCACCGAAGACCUCGCCCAGCCAGAGCAGCCUGCCAGUGGUGACUUCCUGAGCCAGCAGGAGAGAAUAGAGCACCUGAAGGAUGACAUGGAAGCAUAUCGGACCCAGAACCGGUUCCUCAACUCUGAGAUCCACCAGGUCACCAAGAUCUGGAGGAAGGUGGCAGAGAAGGAGAAGGCCCUGCUGACCAAGUGCGCCUACCUCCAAGCCAGGAACUGCCAAGUAGAAAGCAAGUACCUGGCCGGGCUGCGGAGGCUGCAGGAGGCAGCGGGGGCUGAGGCUGGUGGCUUUUCUGAGCUGCUGCAGCAACUGGUCCAGGAGGCACUACAGUGGGAAGCAGGAGAGGCCUCAGGCAGCGUGGAGCUGAGACCCAUCAGCAGCGAGUACGAUGACUAUGGCUUCCUGACGGUGCCGGACUAUGAGGUGGAAGACCUGAAACUGCUAGCCAAGAUCCAGGCCUUGGAGGUGUGCUCCCACCAGCUGCUGGCCCUCGAGGCUGUGGAGCGGCCACUGAGGGAGCGCUGGGCUGCCCUGACUGAGCUGGCACCCUCGGCUGAGCUCAAGCAGCUGCUGCGGGCAGGUGUGCCCCGCGAGCACCGUCAGCGUGUCUGGAGGUGGCUGGUCCACCACCGUGUCCGGCACCUGCACUCCCCAGGCUGCUACCAGGAGCUCCUGACCCGGGGGCGGGCAUGCGAACACCCCGCUGCCCGCCAGAUUGAGCUGGACCUCAACCGGACCUUCCCCACCAACAAGCACUUCACCUGCCCAACCUCCAGCUUCCCGGACAAGCUCCGCAGAGUGCUCCUGGCCUUUUCCUGGCAGAACCCCACCAUAGGCUACUGCCAAGGCCUGAACAGGCUGGCGGCCAUUGCCCUGUUGGUCCUGGAGGAUGAGGAAAGUGCCUUCUGGUGCCUGGUGGCCAUCGUGGAGACCAUACUGCCGGCUGAGUACUACAGCAAGACACUAACUGCAUCCCAGGUGGACCAGCGGGUGCUCCGGGACCUCCUGUCAGAGAAGCUGCCCCGGCUGACAGCACACUUGGGGCAGCACCACAUAGACCUCUCCCUCAUCACCUUCAACUGGUUCCUCGUCGUCUUUGCCGACUCCCUCAUCAGUGACAUCCUCCUGCGAGUCUGGGAUGCCUUCCUCUAUGAAGGGACAAAGGUGGUGUUCCGAUAUGCCCUGGCCAUCUUCAAGUACAAUGAGGAGGAGAUCCUGCGGCUGCAGGACAGCCUGGAGAUCUACCAGUACCUACGCUUCUUCACCAAGACUAUCUGCGACAGCCGGAAGCUCAUGAGCAUCGCCUUCAAUGAUAUGAACCCCUUCCCUAUGAAGCAGCUGCGGCAGCUGCGGGCAGUCCACAGGGAGCGGCUGGAGGCCGAGCUGCGGGAGCUGGAAGUGCUAAAAGCCGAGUACUUGGAGAGACGGGCUUCCAGGGGCAGAGCAGUGCCCGAGAGCUGUGUCAGCGAGGACGAAGGGGAAGGCGAUGGCUGAUCUGCCACUCUGCUUCCCAAAGCCUUUCUUACCUUUGCUGGCAGGAACACAGAAUACAGGCCCGGGCCAGAGGUCUGCGUGACCCUGGAGAAGGCCCGUCUCCUCCCGUGCGGACAAUGCUUGCCGGGAAGUCAUUGGUUGGAGUCUCUCUUCUGCGCCUCCCAGGCUUGCCAUCCUGUAUUACAGCACCACAGAGCACUUUAGCAUGUAGGGAGGCAGGAGGACACUCGGGACCGCCUGGAGCGUUCUCUGAGGCAUGACUGUUUCGGUUUGGCUUAGGUUUGCUCUUCUGAGAUCGGGUUUUGUGGAGCUCAAGCUGACCUCAAACUCACUACAUAAUUGAGCCUGGCCUUGAUCUUCUGGUUUUCCUGAGGCAUGUAGGCAUAAAGCGAUGUCCCUUUGAUUGAUGUCUCUCCACCUUUAGGACAGACACGCUGUCCUUACCAGUGUUCCAGGGCAGGCCAAGGUUUCAGGAAUGUUCCCUGGCACCCUCUGACUCAGGGCCUUGGUCCCCAUUUUUGUGGAUUCCAAAUUAAAGACCUGCAUUUUCAGGGCCUCUGUCUUUCUGGGCAGUAGCCCCUCUGAAGUGCCACCUGGAUCCGUGUUGAGACCGCCCUGCUCGAGGGGACUGAUUCUGGAGCCCCAUGCCCGAGCCUUCCUUCCUUUUUGUUUACAGCCUACUGGGGACAUCCCAGGGGAAACCCCUCCAUGCCACCCUGAGGAACUCAGGACCGUGGGCCCAAACAGCUAUCUACUCUAACAUGCUCUCGUCAUGUGGGGCCAACAGGGCAGGCUUGGGAAGGCAGGUGGGGCUGCAGCCCGCCUGGCUCGGCAGAGCAAGUUGAACACAGUUUUCUGGCCCAGCGUAGCCCUGUUCUCCAUGUUCUUCCUGUCUUUUCAGUAGAGAGGUCUGCCUAUCCGGUGUCCUCCCUACCUCAGACAGACAAGGUGCACAAGGGGUCCAUAUCUCUGCAAACUGGGGCUGCCAUUGGAGCCUUGAGCCUGACUUUCAGAGGGCUGGGGA